AGUAAAGUGUUUCUUCGUACAACCAAAAUCUCCCUUUGAGAAAAACAGUUGGAAAUCCCUUUUGGUUUUCACUCGAUAAAGCAAAUCUAAAGUCAUUUCUAUAUCUGUUCCUUAAUUUUCUGUAAAAUUCAUUAUGAUAUAAUUACUAAUUUUCUCUCCAAUUCAAUUUUCAUGACUCAGUUGCUCUAAUUUUUGCUGGGUUUAACGGAGUUUCGAUUGCAAAAUCAAUCUCUGUAACUGCUUUGUCGAUGACUCCUGAAGGUCAGCUUGUAUGCACCCUGUCUAUUCCAUCGAGUACGUGCUACCUCCCACCGGCAGAGUUACCUACUAUGGCUUAGGCUGAUGAGAAGAAAUUUACCUUGUGUUUUUACCUCGAUUAUUCGAUUAAUCGUCUAACAUUUCUAGUGUGGAAUAGGUUUGAGAGGGUUUGUGUUAUGAAGAAUUUGGGUUCUUGAUGAAGAAGCAAUGCGCAAUUUGUUUUAGCUGACAAGGAUUUAUGAGAGAUUGUGCCGGUACCACAUCUUCCUUAGCAUCAGUAUUUUUGGAUCUGGUUCACAGGGAGUGUUUCAAUGACAAUAGUUGGUGAUGAAGAAAGAGAAAUGCUAGAUGAGGACAAGGUUAUUGGAGCUGGGAAUUCACGUGAGGGGCUAAAUGUAGUUCAGGAUAAUGAGAUCAACAUUAAUACAACCAAUAGUGAUAGAAUAGAUGUGGGAGGGAACACAUUGCAAGCCCAAGGUGGUUUGAAAUUGCAACAACAGCAACAGAGUCAAGGGUCGGCAGUCUGUUGGGAACAAUUUCUUCAUGUCACCUCCAUUAAAGUGCUGCUGGUGGAGAAUGAUGAUUCUACACGACAUGUCGUCUCUGCUUUACUUCGAAAUUGCAAUUAUGAAGUUAUAGAAGCAGCCAAUGGAUUGCAAGCUUGGAAGAUACUGGAAAACCUGACCUAUCAUAUUGAUCUAGUGUUAACAGAGGUUGUAAUGCCUUGUUUGUCAGGCUUAGGUCUUCUAUGCAAAAUCAUGAGCCACUACGCACGCAAGACUAUUCCCGUGAUCAUGAUGUCAUCUCACGAUUCAAUGGGUUUAGUCUUCAAGUGUUUGUCAAAAGGUGCAGUUGACUUCCUGGUAAAACCUAUACGGAAGAAUGAGCUUAAGAACCUGUGGCAGCAUGUGUGGAGAAGAUGCCACAGUUCUAGUGGAAGUGGGAGCGAAAGUGGUACUCAAACCCAAAAAUCUAUAAAAUCAAAAAGCAGUGAGAAGUCUGAAAACAACAGUGGUAGCAAUGAUGGGGAAGAUAAUGGGAGCGAUGACCAAGAUGUUGGAAGCGGCAGUGAUGAUGGAAGUGGCACACAGAGUUCCUGGACAAAGCAAGCUGUUGAAGUUGAUAGCUCUCUGGCAGUGCCUCCACGGAAUCUGUUACCUGAGUGUUCAGACAGCACUUGUGCACAGGUUCUUCAUUCAAAUGCAAAAACCGCUUCUAACAGGAAUGCACACAUAAACACCAAAAGAAAAUGCCAAGAAGCUGAAGAAAAACCUGAUUGCAUUGCAAAACGAAAAUCCUCCCUCGUAGGCAUACCUAGAAAUCAGAAGUCACAAUCUGAAAAUGCAAUCCAGAUUCCAUUCAAACUUGUUGGUGCGAAACAGAAGAGUCUGCUGGAAAUAGAUUCCAAUGCAAGCAGUUUUAAGAUAGAUAAACACCGGGCAAAUCUAGAUGGUAAUCGUCCAUCCACUGAAUAUCAUGAUGUGACUGCUGAGACGUCUAAUCCUCGGAGUGACAGCAGAGAGUUGAACAAAGCUGUAUUAGAAAUCAAUAAUGCAUCCAUUAAUGAAUCUAAACAGCCACUUUUUGAGCUAAGUUUGAAAAGGCUAAGAGGACCAAAAGAACCAGGAAAAACUGCUCAAGAUGAUCGUAAUGUUUUGAGAAGAUCAGAUCUUUCAGCUUUCUCAAGGUAUAAUUCGUCCUCAAACCCUACGAGGACUCCUCAUGGGAUCACCCUAAGUAGUUCUUUAAUUGAUAAUAGCCAAGAAGUUGCCAAGAAAGAGUCGGUAUGUGAUAUUCCAACUCAGACAAAUGAGAAAUUACAUCCAACCUCAAAUGGAACUGGCAAUAACAUAGAUAUGGGGUCCACCACUAAUAAACUUCCUAAGGAGCUAUUAUCUUCUAGAGAUCAGUCAGAAGCAACAUCGACAAUUAACAAUUUGCAACCAUCGUCAGCUUUCAAGCCUGUAAAAAUUGACUUUGGAAUUUCUCCUCAGCAAGGGCAACAAGUUAAGCCUUGUAACAUGCAAGCCACAACCAGUCUUGCUCCACAAGGCUCUCACACUGACAGCCUAAUUCAGCAACCUCAUCAGCACCACCGAUAUCAUCAUGUCAACGACCUGGAUCAGCAUUGCACUUCCAACCAUGUUGAUUGCUCAUUGAAAAAACUGGCUGUGGGUGGACCAAAUUGUGCUUCGUCCAAUAUUCUAGCUAGGCCUCAUGAAGGGAACCCUGAAUAUCAGAGUUUGAACAGAAGUGCUUCUGGAAGUAACCGUGGAAGCAAUGCGCAAGAUGGAAGCUGCACGGCUAUAAAUGCUGGACGCAGAAAUGGGGAAAGUGAUAAUGGGUUAGCUGGCAAAAAUGGAAGUGGUGAUGCCAGUGGCAGUGGUUGUGGCAGUACGAUAGAUCCUUCUAAACUUGCGAGAGCAGCAGCCUUGACCAAAUUUCAUCAUCAGAAGAAAGAAAGAUGCUUUAAAAAAAAGGCAUAGAAGAAGAAGACAAGGCAUGGGAGCUACGCUGGUAGCUCCGUUGGCUCUUAUAUGGGUCGUAUGGAGAGAGAGAAAUAGGAGAGCUUUUGAGGGAAUUUGUACUAUUGAGGAAUAGCCUCUUUUGUUUGAUGGCUUUUUGGUGCACCCUUGAGAUUCCUUCUUGUAUAGAUGAUUGGGUGUCUUUCGUAGAGAAUCAUGUUUUGUUGUAGAUUCUCUACUUUUGGUAUACCUCUUGUAUACAGGAGUUUUCUCCCAUCCUUAAUAUCAUUUACUUUAUCCAAAAAAAAAAAUUGUAGGUUAUUUGGUGUCUUGUAAGAUCAAAAAACAAAACAUGGUUACUAGAUCUAGGACAGAAACAGACUUUCGGACAAAGGUUAUUGCAACUUGCAAACUCAUUUGGAUCAAAUAGUUCUUCAUUUGGUAUUGAAUCUAGUGUUUCAUGAGAUAACUAAACACAUGGAGAUCGAUGUCACUUUGUCAGAGCAAAGAUACACUUAAGAGAAAUUGUUAUGGAAUUCAUCAAGUCAAAUGAUCAGGUUGAAAAUAGAUUCACCUAGUCUCUCACUGGUCCUUGAAUUAGUUAUAUUUGUAACAAACUCGGUACAUACAACUUGUAUGUACCAAAAAUGUAGACAUUGAUAAUCCACAUUUGUUAUCCCUGGUAGGGGAGAACUAUUACAAAUAGAAAAUAUAAGACCCGGUGACCUAGAAUUUGGAAGAACCAAAUUUUCGCACAAUACUUUGAGUACCUUGAAAACUUUGGGACCAACUACUAUCCGUUUUCUUUUAUAAGUAGGACCAACUUCUAACCAUGACGUGACCUUUAGAAACUUACUUUUUUCUUAUCAGAUACUUUUUUUUAGAAUUACCUGAUCACAGUAAGGCCAUUCACGAGCUUUUAUUCAUGGCAUGAGACUGCUCAUAGACCAUGGUUCUAGCCUCUAAUUGCAAUAGCUUGAAAUAUAGCAGAUGCUCCUAGAGAGUAAACUGUAAAGUAUGAUAUAGAAAUUAAGCAUACAAUUUCUCUUAGAGGAUAUACUUGAUCUAAAAGCAACUACAACCAAUAUUACACUUGGGCUCCUCUAGAAGAAAAGUUGACAUCACAUAUAUUAUCUGACUCCUAUAGUUCUUAUUGUUGUAUUAUUAAUAUUGUAGUAAUUUCCGCUAUCAUAGUACAUCAAAAGUUACCUGCCAUCAUCUUAUAGUUUUAGAUGUGGAAUUUCGAAUUGCCUUUUGCUAUGCGCUCAGUUGCAGUACUGCAGUUCCUUGAGGCUGUGUCUCUACAGCUUGCUACCAAAUAGGCAAAUAUGUUAUGCUAUAUGGAACUAAUGCUUAAAAGAUAUCAAACUUCUUGGUUCUUUAGUAAUAUGCUGUUUAGUCAACCAUGGAGCAAACAGGAGUUUGCAGGAUUUGUUUUCCAUACUUCUAUUUUGUAAUAGGUAAAAGGAAAAGGAGUAACCCAACAAGAUCAAAGAUGAUUAAAGUCCAGCUCAUGCAUAAUACUAGAUCCAAGUCUCUACAUAGUUGGGUUAUAGCACUAAAAAGGAGCUCUACAUUUGCUGCUUUCACAAACUGUAUAAAACCAUUGGCUUAUAGUAAUAUUCUAGAAAUAGAGGCUGCAAACAAAACUUAAGUUGACUUACAUUUAUUCAAGUCCAUUAAUUUCUGAAAAGUUUGUAUUCAUGGUGGAUAGAUAAAAAACCAAUCCUUAAAUGAUUGCAGAGGCUAUAUCACGUAAAAGGUAUGUAUCGUCAGUGUUUCUUCCUCAUUUGCUCUAAUAUUACUUCAAAAUUUACUUAUGUAUGUGCCUCUUUGCUGAAUAAAUGGCUCUGUGUAUUCCCCUGGUUCCAAUUUGCUUGGCACUCUUAAUUGACAUCUUUCUACAUUUAGAAGCUGACAAUUUAACUUUUCCAUUCUGCAUUGACGUGACUUGUUGAAGGUCCCACGGCAUACAAAAACAAGUUGUUUGCUACAAGAGUACUUUUCAUAUUUUAUGUAUAUCUAGCUUACAUGUCCAAAAUACAAAGACACAUAAGAAGAAGUAAAAGAAGGAAAUGGAAGUUGAUUAUGUGAUUGGCUGAGGGAUAGGCUUCUUGGAACUUUGACGUUCAAGUGACAGUUAAGGUUAGCAAUGUAGUAUUGGAUCUCUCAGAUAAGUUUUCGGUGGCUUUCGGAUCCUCAAAAGAUUCCAAAAGAAAGAGAUGCCAAUUUGGAGGAAAUUUUAAAAUAGUUUUGGAUGGAUGAAAAUUAAUUAUGCAUGUUGAUUCUAUUGAGUAUGAAAUGAGCAUGUAUAUAUGUCAAAUGGCACUUCUAUCUUCUUUUAUUCAAGUUAUAGAACCGAUAAUUAACAUUGUGGAUC